AUGUCACCAAUCGAAUACUUCCAAGCCCCCGGCCCCCUCGGCAAACUCUUCCAGGCAGGCGGAACAUCCAACGUAGCUCGCGUCCCUCUGCGCACCAACAGCAGCCUCGUGGUAACAGGCGGACAGCCAGGCUUUGAUCUCGCGCGCGGGGAACUUGUCACCACCUCGCUCGAAGACGAGGCGAGUGCGUGCUUCGACUGUGUGGAUGCGGCAUUGCGGUCUGCGGGGGUCGCGGGGGGCCUUGCGCAGGCGCACAGAUUCACCUGUUUCCUGACCGAUAUGCGCUAUGAGGAUGUUGUCAUGCGGGUUUGGCGCGAGAGGAUGCCGGAUCAUAGGGUUCCUUGGGUUACGGUUGGGGUGGCGAUGCUGGCGAUUCCAGCGAUGAGGAUUGAGAUUGCGGCCGAGGCGAUGGUUUCCGAGUAG